CUCGUUGCUUUUCAACAACCACCAUGUCACAUUUUACAUCCUCGAGUCCUUAGGAAUGGAAGUCUACAAUGGAAGCUAUAAAUGUGCAAAGCCCUCCCAACAUAAAUGGGAACAUGGACCAUGUUGGGACCACUAGAAACCAAUUAACUUCUAGUGAGAAUGAUAUCCACUGUGUCCAUAGUGAUAUGUUAGAGUCCAUGAGAAAUUCUAAUGCAUCAAAAGAAGUGGCAAAUGAUGCAUCUUCUAAGAAAAGGGAAGAAACCACUGCUUCACACAAUGCUGCAUCAUUGGAGAGACUAAGAUUUGCACUUUCUGUACAGUCUUCAGACAGAAAGGAAGAUUUGACCUUGAGAUGGAAAAGGAUGUUGUGGAAGUCAUGUGUUUACCUUGUCACGAUAGGGAUGUUGAUUGCUUUCCUUAUGGGUCUAAAUAUGUCAUGGACUGCAAUUACUGCUGCACUUGCUCUUGUGGUUCUGAAUAUGCCAUGGACUGCAAUUACUGCUGCACUUGCUCUAGUGGUUCUUGAUUUUAAGGAUGCUAGGUCAUGCCUUGAAAAGGUCUCCUAUUUGCUUUUAAUUUUCUUCUACAGAAUGUUUAUCAUAGUUGAUGGCUUCAACAAAAUUGGCAUCCCAAGUACUCUAUGGGACUUAAUGGAGCCCUAUGCACAAAUCGAUCGGGUUAGUGGGAUAGCAUUCAUGGCCAUUAUCAUACUCAUCUUGUCAAAUUUGGCUUCAAACAUACCAACUGUUCUCUUACUUGGGGGAAGAGGGGUAGCAUCUACAGCUGCAAUUGCCGCAGCUGAUGAGAAAAAGGCAUGGCUUAUUUUAGCUUGGGGCAGCACGAUAGCUGGGAACCUCUCAUUAUUAGGAUCAGCUGCCAAUUUAAUAGUGUGUGAACAAGCUCGCCAAGCUCCACACCUUGCGUACACUUUAUCCUUUUGGAGCCAUCUUAAAUUUGGAGUACCCUCGACUCUUAUAACCACCGCUAUUGGUCUGACACUCAUAAGAUGA